AACCAACUUCCAUCUAUCUGUUUCUCUCAUUAUCUCCACGCAGAAAACUGAUGGCCAAAGGAGGGAAGCUAACAAAGAUCAAGUCUGUGUUAAAGAAGUGGCAUUCRUUUGGUAAGCCGGCCGGUCUAGCCAAGAACGGUGCAUCGACCUUGACUUCCGAUGAAGACGACUACCAUAACUUGAGCCAUUCUCAUGCGGUGUACGUUGGAAAGUCACGGCGUCGCUAUCUUAUAAGCUCGGACGUGGCCCAACACCCGUUGUUCCAAGAGGUGUUGGAACGAUCGGGUGAUGGGGAUUCCAGCGUCACCAUCGACUGUGAAGUCGUGUUGUUUGAACAUCUAUUGUGGAUGAUCGAAAACGCAGAUCCUCAACCCGACGCUUUACAUGAACUCGUGGAGUUUUACGCUUGCUAACGGUUUCGGUUUCGGUUUCUUGAUUCAUUCUACUUGUAAUUCAUGUUCUACCAUUCAUCUUCUUUGUUGAACAACUAGUAAUCCAAUAACUUUUGAUUUGUUUUCUGUAAUUUGCUUUUGAUUUGUUUAAGUCGAUAUAUUUAUUCUAG